GGUGACGAUUUUAUGCAGAAAAAGAAACCUUCAGGAAUGGUUGCAAGGGGUACAAGAGCUCAACAUGAGAGGGACGAAUCAGAAGUUAAACAAAUCCAGCAGUCCCAAGCAGGGCCAUGGGCCCCGGCUGAGGACCUGCGUUUCAUCACCACCACCUUUCAGCACCUACACACUUCAGGAUGGUACUGGGGUGGUAUGACAGCCAGUGAGGCAAGGGAUGCCCUCAUUGGAGCUCCAGAAGGUACUUUCCUUGUGCGUGACAGCAGCCAUCCACUCUACCUCUUUACCCUCUCCGUGAAGACCCAGAGAGGCCCUACUAAUGUCCGCGUAGAAUACGACAGUGGCCGAUUCCGUCUCGAUUCCAGUUUUCCUGCACGAUCUUGCCUGUUGUCCUUUUCUGCUCUUCCUAGUCUUGUGCAGCACUAUGCAUCCACGAGUCAAGAGAAGGAUAGGAUGGCAGAAGAACAUUGCAUGGUGUCAAAGGACAAAGGCAUUCUGCUGAAGCUCAAGAAGCCUCUCCACAGGCCUCAGGAUUUUCCAACAUUACAGCACCUCACACGCCUCACUAUAAACAGACACACUGAUUGCCAUACACAGCUGCCGCUGCCACGGCCGUUGUUGCUUUACUUGCAAGAAUAUCCUUUUCAGGUGUGAGGACACUUUGGAAGGACACCGGUGCAUUUUAGGGGGUUCGUUUUUGCAAAGUCGUGGAUGAAUUAGCCAUGAAGUCGCAAAUCUUCCUGCUUCCUUUCUGCUUUUGUUAUUGUCAUAUGAAGAGAUGCGCAUUUGUGCAAAUAAACAAGGACUACUUUGUGUACAUUUUUAUUUUUAAAUAUCUGUAAAUAUAUCUCUUUUUAGUAAACCAAAAUGUUUCUAUAUCUUUCUGUGCUUCCAAGUUUUCAUGGAGCUCCAACUCCACAUACAUACUAAUAUCACCACAACAUUGAGAAAAAAAAAGAAAAUAUCAAAACCAGUAUUCUGAGUAAUACUAUGUCCCUAAAAGUGUAAUUUUCUUCAGAAAGCAUUUGUGUAUAUAUUUAUUUAGAAACAAGCUGAUAAAGGAACUAUAUUUCAGUUACAUAUUUGUCAGAAACCAUCACAGAUGUCUUGGCAAUACUGGACAUGCUGUCAGUCCUUAGGCCUUUAUUUGACACAGAAUACAUUUAAUCACACAACAUCAUUCCAGGAAAACCUAAGGGCUUUUUUCCACACACCAAACACACUAAUAAAAUUCAGGAUAUAACAUAACAAAAAGAAAUGAAUAAAUAAAUUAAAAAUAAAGUCUUUGAAUGUG